AUGCAGACUUCGAACUACCGAUUCAACGUCGGUCCCUUUUCAAAGCCUCAGAGCGGUUCUGCGGUUCUGCGGCCUUUGAGACCACCACCGACAUUUCCUGCAAAGGGAGGAAUGGACAUUGGAGGACUUUUGAACGCGAGGAAUGCUGCUGCCGCAGACGCGGAGCUUAGACGUCAACUACAGGAAUCAAUGCAGAUGAACGGCGGAGUGGCCUAUGCCAUGAGCCACAACCAAGGCCCGACCAUGGCUCACCAUCCGCAGCAUGCCAUGCAACCACCUAACGGGAUGCCCUACGGUGCCAUGAGUCAACCUCAGCACAACCCGCAGCUGUACGCUCAAAACUACAUCCCUCGGCAUGACAGCCAGAAUGCACUCGACGACAACUUUGGUGCCAUCAAGCCCAAGGGCGAAGGCGCGCCCAAGGCAUUUGCCUGCAGUACCUGCCAGAAGGGUUUCGCCAGACGCAGUGAUCUUGCCAGGCAUGAACGGAUUCACAGCGGCAUCAGACCACACGCCUGCGAUUAUCCGGGCUGUGGCAAACAAUUCAUUCAACGGUCUGCGCUGACUGUCCACGCAAGAGUGCAUACGGGGGAGAAGCCACACAUGUGCGAGAGAUGCGGAAAGCCGUUCUCCGACUCGAGUUCACUUGCCCGCCACAGGAGGAUUCACUCAGGCAAACGACCUUACAAAUGCCCCUAUGCCAAUUGCCAGAAGACCUUCACCAGGCGGACGACUCUGACCAGGCAUCAGAACCACCAUACAGGCACGAUCGAGCAAGCAGCGGCCGAGACUAACGCCAAACUAUCGACCACGCAGGUUCAGAGUCAGUCCAUGUACGGAUCCACAUCCGGCUCUUCCAGGCACUCUACGGCCUCGCCCGCCGAGAGAACACUGUCAGUUUCGCCCAACUCAGAACUGCCACCUGUGGCCAAUGGACUGCAGCGGCAAGGUUCGGAUUACGGCUACAUGUCACAAAGCCAUUCGCUGCCUCCGCACAUGCGAUCCGACUUUCAGCAGAAUGCAGCACGCCAGAGUCCCUCACUUGGCAGCCACACUCUGCACAACUAUACGAGCGCACCUCAGCAGAGACCAACCACAUCGCACCCUAGCAGGUUUGGCCCACCUCAGCCGAUGGAGCCUCCUGCAACCGGCACAGGCAGCGGUGGCGCUUCCCCUCAUAUGGGAGCUCUCGGAUGGGGAUCGCCCAACGCAGGAAAUCUUCCCACCACGACCACGAUGGACAACUAUGCGUACCCCGACCCGAACUACGGUGGCCAUCAAAUGUAUUACCCUGGGAGCAACAUUCGACGGCCGCAAAGCACUGAACCAGAAGACUAUGGUGUCCGGCCUCGACAUCCGCAUAUGGCGCACCACGUGCCCAUCACGGCGGACUGGAGUGCGAUGCCGAUAGCGGUGCAGGAUAACCGGCAAGAGCGAUAUGUGAUGUAG